AUUAUUUAGCUCUCAAAAAACUUAAAAUAAAAACCCUUCUCCUCUGCUUUUACAUUUCAAAACAGAAAAAAAAAUGUGUCCCUCUGGUAGAACUAAUUUCGCAGCUUCAGGCGUCAAAACGGCGUCGUCGCCAGAUUUCAGGUCAGCAUUUGAUGUUCUCGAUGCAGACCGCGACGGCAAGAUUAGCAAAGAAGAUCUCAAAAUGUUUUACUCUGGCUACUGCUCAAACGACGUCGUUGAAGACGAAGUUGUAUGUUCGAUGAUGUCCGUCGCAGAUUUUAACAAGGACGGGUUCGUUGAGUACGACGAGUUUCAGAGAGUUUUGGACGGUAAUGUCAAAAAAAAUGAGAAUCAAAAUACGAAGAUUAAUUAUAAUAAUAAUGGAGUUAUGGAAGAAGUUUUUAAGGUGAUGGAUAAAGAUGGAGAUGGGAAAUUAAAUUAUGAUGAUUUGAAGAGUUACAUGGAAUUAGCAGGAUUUGAUGCGAAUGAUGAAGAUAUUAAGGCUAUGAUUAAAUUAGGUUGCGGCGGAGGUGAAAAAGAUUGUGUUUCUUUUGAUGAUUUAAUCAAGAUUUUAUCUCUUGAUUUUUAAAUUUAAGGUCUAAAUUAAUGGUCCUUUAUUAAUAUUAUUAUGUCUAUUCUGUAUGAUUUUUAGCAUUAAUGGACGGAUGCUAAUAAAUUAUAAUGUUUCUGAUUCAAGAACUUGUAUUCUAGCGUAUAAAUGAAGUUCUUUGUGGUUUUGUAUGUUUUGACAGCUCAAAAUGAGUUUGUAUUUUUUGUUUGGUUGUGUUUGCCAUUUUUGUUGAUCCAAAAAUAUUCGGUGAGUUUGUGUGGUGUAUAACCACUCGUUUGAUACGAGGCUAUAUUCUGGGAAAUUUGAACCAGUAGUUAUGAUUUUUGAUUUUGCUUGUAAA